AUGACGGGACCUUCGAGUGAGUUUCCAUCCGAAGACAAGGAUUUUGCAACCGAGGCCCCAUGCGAAGAAACGAACUCUCCAAGUGAGGUUCCAUACGAAGAUAAGAAUCUUCACAAAGGGCACCGAUAUAUCAAGAAGGGCAACACUCUACUACCAUGCGCCUCAUAUGUGGAUCCACUCAGCCUUGAAGCUGACGAAGAGCUGAUGUAUGUUCUUGAUAAACAAAUGGGCAGACUUGUGGUCGAAUUGGACGCUUCCUGGGUGAUCAAGUCAGGGUUCGGAGUGCGAUCUGCCGAAGCAGAAGCGAUGAGACUUGUGUUCAAAAAUACCAAAAUUCCGGUUCCUGAAGUGCUUUUCACCGAUUUUCAUGCUGAUAAAGCUCAAAUGGAGACGGACACGGAAACUGAUGAGCCUUUAAAACCCAACUUUUAUAUACCCCAAGGAUUGAUUGCGAUGACUAUUAUUCCCGGAAUACCCCUGGAAAAGAAAUGGGACAGCCUAGACAGCGAGUCUAAGGAGUCAAUAUGCAUUCAACUUUGGAAUCUAAUCUCAGCAAUCCGAAAUGUCCCUCGUCCACAAGAGCUUCAGGGGGUGUAUCAAUGUGCCGCGGAUGGCUCUCUAUCCCAGGACCCGAUGCUACAGGAUCUGAAAAAACCCGCUCGACCAAUUACCAGCGACUUGGAGUUACGUGGGAGAAUAUACGAACGCUACAUACACUGCGGAGGGAGGCGGUAUGAGAAUCAACUGCUAGAUAUGUUACCCCGGUCAGAAGACUCGGUAUUCACCCAUGCCGACAUUGCGCCACGUAAUGUGAUGGUAGACGAACAGAACAUUAUCACCGGGAUUCUUGACUGGGAAUCAGCGGGAUGGUAUCCGGACUACUGGGAGUAUGCACAGAUCAUGCGGCCGGCCUUUCGGGGGGACUGGUCGGUGUGGAUGAAGAAGACAGCACCACGGCAGUGGGAUCUUCAAGGAAUCAACGCUUCAAGAAAGGUUCUGUUUUAA